CAAUUAUUUUUGAAAGUUAGACGCGUCCCCGCAACCCGAAGAAGCACUUAUUUUAAGGACACAUAAUUCACAGAAAGCAGAGUGAUGAAGUAGUAGUUACAUACGAUUUUGAUUUGGCCAUUGGUAGGAAAAGUAAAAGGAAAAAGGAAAAGAAAAAGAUGAUAGAAGAAAGGGGUGCACCCCAUGGAAUGCUUCUAGCAAUUGUGGUGGCAAUUGUGGUGGUGGUGCCAUUCUUCGUUGGAGACCAGGGUGAAGCCAUCACAGAAGCCAUCUCAGAGCUUCUCAGUCCCCUCGGCCUCCUACUCCUACCGAUCAUUCUCCUACUCACUAUCCAGUUCCUCUCCUCCGAUCGCGGCUCCUUCAUCUCUUCCAUCUUCACUGGCGAGCCUGAUACCAUCCACCGCGCCACCGGCUCCCCUGCCGGCGUCGCACUCUUCCUCGUCCUCAUCCUCUUCCUCUUGUACAACCGCGUCUCCAUCUUCGGCGGCGACGAUUCCGACGACUGAACUCAACUCACUUUCUGGAUCUAGCUGCUCCAAGUAGUCAACCUUGUCCGUUUUUUGUAUGUACCAUUAUUUCUUAAUUCUUUUUGUGAUUUUAGAUUAGAUAGAUGUAUGCGGGGAAAUUCAGAUAAUUCCAGGGACCAAUGCUCAGCUUUUGUAGUAAUAAUCGUCCGAGUUGAAUUCCUUUAUUUCAUUUCUUACCUUCCAAUCUCAACAAAUAAGUUAGAAUCAACUCAUUAUUAUUAUUA